GGAAGUGACGUCACAAACGACACCGGAAAUUUCCUAGUUUAUCUACAUUUGUUUUCUUCUUUUUUACCAUUGACUUUUUUGGAGCCUGUGUAUCUGCAGCAGGGUGGCAAAGGAGCCUCUUCUCCUCAACACUCCUUGACGUUAUGGUGAGGAAAGAGUGAAUAAAAAGCCACAGUGGUCUUCUGCACAGUUCUCCAUGGAUUCCAACAACGAUGAAGCACUCGACAUCAUUGUUACAAAUGUGGUGGCAACAUUCAGGACCAGGUGUCACCUCAACUUGCGCAAGAUUGCUUUAGAAGGAACCAAUGUCAUCUAUAAGCCUGAAGUCGGGAAAGUGCUGAUGAAACUCCGUAAACCAAAGAUAACCGCUUCAAUUUGGUCCUCAGGGAAGAUAAUCUGCACUGGAGCAACAAGUGAGGAAGAGGCAAAGUUGGGCGCUCGGAGGUUAGCUCGCUGUCUGCAGAAACUGGGCUUUAAGGUGAGGUUUUCGGCGUUCAGAGUUGUGAACGUGCUCGCUGUGUGCUCCAUGCCGUUUGCAGUGCAUCUUGUAGACUUCACAAAGAACAACCGACCCAUUGCCAGUUAUGAACCUGAACUCCAUCCUGCUGCUACUUAUCGAAUCAAAAAUCUGAAGGCUACUGUCCAAGUGUUUUCUACUGGCAGCCUCACAGUGACAGGACCAAAUGUGCAGAGCGUGGCCUCAGCAGUGGAGUACAUCUACCCACUACUGUAUGAGUGUCAGAAACCCCGCUGCAAAUAAAGCAAAAGAGAACAGAGGGGAUCCAUGGGAGAGCAGGAGAAUCAUCAGGAAGCACUUUAUCCUUGGAUAGAUGUUGCAACAGCAAGAAAUGUCGAAACCACCCGACUGAUUGGACUUGGAUGUUAGAAUCCUAUUUAUUGGAGUUGGAUGAAGAUCGUUGCUUUGGGUGUCUUUUUUCCAUGGGCACAGAAAAACGCUCAACGGUGUUGAUCAUUGCAAAGUUGUCGUUUUCAGCCCCAUAUAUAGCAAGUCCUCCUUUUGUGUUUUCUUGCUAAGAAUCUCCGUCCAUUUGUAGACGGAGAUGAGAUGUCCACCCCAUGCUGUAACAUUUUUUUAAGCUAAUGGAUUCAAACAACAAUUAGGAAUGUAAACAAAAUGCAUCCUUCUUCAUGUUGAUUUUUCUUGUAAUGUUGUUUGGUUCUCUGCCCUUUGUUCAAAAAUGAACAGGCAUUACUUUGUGUCCUUUCCUCACAAUUUCACUCUCCUGCUAAACUUGUAUAUAUUUAUUCUCAUAUGUUGAUAGUGUACUAGCGUAAACUAUCUCUUACAUGUUUUUAAAUGUGAAUUUUACUGCAGGUUUUCACAAUGCUCGAGUGCUCAGAAAUUGAUUCGGUUUUUCUUGGUUUAUUAAAAUUCAUAGCCAUCAUUUUAUUAUUCAGGAAUAAAGAAGUCAGUUGAAAUGAAACAGUACAUAACUGAUAACGUCAGCAGCCAGGCUGUGGACAAAUGUUUGGCAGCAGUAGUAGCACUUGUCGAGAAGAUUUACUCCAUUCACAAGUUUUUACAGUGAAAUACGUAAAGGCAGCACUGAAGCAGCAUUUUUAAAAAAACCCAGAUAGAAAGCAGUAUUUUCCUGGUUGUAUAACAUCUGAAUGCUUUACGUUUUGCAUCACUGAGGCAUCAUUUAUAUUGUAUGUAUGCAUCUCCUACUAAGAUGUUGAAAUAAAACUUGCUUUUAUGUG